CAGUUACACAAACAAAGCUUUUAGCCUUUCACAUCUAAAAGGUCUUGUUUCGUGCCUCACACGUGCAAUAGAACUUAUUCUCCAUUGGAUCCUUUCCAUACUUGCAGUACUAGAUUAUUAUUGUUAUAAAUACUCAUCUAAGGUCUUGAGGCUUUGAAAAGCGGAAACGUUAGGUGUUUUGAGACAUUAUUUUUGUACCACAACGUACUGCAAUAAUCCACAUAUUAGUAAUACUAGCUUCCCGAUUGAUUCUGUUUGUUGCAGCGAAUGGUUAGAGGAGGCAUCACCAAAGCAAGCUUGUUGCUUCUCGGGUCAUGCAGGGGAGCUAAGAGAGCAAAAAGUGGACUCAGCAAAUUCUCAGGCACUGCUCAACCUGCAGAAAGCUCUGGAGGAGUUUCAAAGAGUGGUGGGAAGAUAGAGGAUUCAGCUUUCUGGAUCCCACACCCACGCACAGGAAUUUACUUCCCAAAAGGGCAUGAGUGGGUGAUGGAUGAUGUUCCAGAGGAUGCAGCUCGUUUAAACCAGACUUAUUGGUUCAGAAAUGUUGAUGGUGUUGACCACCCCAGACACUAACCAUAAUAUAUGCUCCACAACAUUCCAAAAAUAACUGCAUAAUCGGGAAUCAUAUGGUGGUGACCAAUCUUUAUGUGAUGUGUUAUUAACUAGUUUUCAUACAUUAGAAAAUAUAUGAAUACUAUAUAUAGUUUAAUAGAAUCAUAUAGUCUUGGAUAAUUUCUUCCUGCUAAAGGCCCAAUUACUUAAUAAGGGCAAUUGGAUGGUCCAAAGUAGUUGUGACUUUUUAAGCAUUCAUAAUGACUAUCUGUAUCAUAAUAAAGUUUAUUAAGCUAUCUGUAUCACAAGUUUAUCAAACGUGCGUGCUUAGUCUCUUUGCUUU